UCUGAGGUGUGUGACAUACAAAAGUAAGUUAAUCAGUAAAGGAAUAAUACUAUCUAAAUUUGAUUCUCCUCUUAAUGAGCAGAAUUAUCGAAAGAACAGUUCUUUGAUCAUGCGGCGUUGUUAGUGUUCAAGGAAAAGUCCCUCUCUGAUUACGUAUGCAAAGUAAUCCGAAUUACAAAAUCAGCUCUAGGUUUUCUAUGCUUGAGUAAAGAAAAGAAGAAUCAUAUAUAGUUUAAACAAACAUUUCGCGGCGAAUAAUACUGGCUGCCUGACAUCGGGAAUUCCCAAAAUAUGAAAACACGUACAGGAAAAGACACGGCAUAUAAUGGAUAUUGAAAAGGAUGAUUUUCGCCAUAUUCGUUAUGUAACUACUGCUCAUUUCUGUUUCUACCGAUUCACACGUGUCAUUUUUAAACAAACAAGCUUUGAGGCAGGUGUUUAUUAUUGGCUCUUGGUCAGUAUUGGCUGCUUCCUUUCCCUCUUACAUUACGGCAAUUUCUCAAACAAACCGCACAACCGUGACAAUUAGAUCCUGCAUAACGGGACAAUGUAUAUUUUCUCCAGAAAGUUCAAAACAAGGAAGGAAAAUAAGAACAAUCGAAUAGUAUUCUAAGAAAAUAAGAGCAUUUUUACAGCAUGGGGUAAAGUUAUUGGUUUGUGGUUUGAUUAAAACAGUGCCGGAUCAGGACGUGAUAACGCGGAACAACGCUUGGGUGCAAAGAUGAAUGAAACCAGCACAGGCCUCAGCGCUUGCCCAGAUUACUACCAAGAAUAUUUCCAUCGAAGAAAAUUUGAGGACCCUGAUGGAGAAUCUGAACGAUGGGUUCUUAGUUUCUUCGUUGUCAACGUAGUUUCCGCCUUUUUUUCAGCGUUUUGGAACGGAUUUAUCAUUGCAGCAGUAUCCGGGCUAUCUUCGCGAAGAAAUCCUUCGCACUUGAUGCUUAUAAACAUGGCGCUUACAGACUUCGCAGUUGGGCUUUUUGCGCAACCUCUUUUUGCCUGUUUGAUGUACGCCGUUUCCAUGAAUUACUUGGGAAUGUUUUGCGACGUUCUGUAUCCCGCAAGAUUUUUAACUGGAACUCUCUGUCCGGCUUCUUUUCUUACAAUAACUGUGAUAUCAGUUGACCGGUAUUUGGCGAUUCGUCUGAAGAUUCGCUAUCGCAUGGCCGUGACAUCUCGUAGAGUCUUCCUUUCACUUGCUCUUGUCUGGGGCAUUGGGCUUAUUGGCGGAGUGUCCUUUAAUACUUUAAGUUACGGGGACUUAGUGAAUGUUUUCACCGUUGGGGUUUUGUUCUGCUUGAUUGUAAUAUCAUUCUCGUACGUUCAGGCAUUUAAGACCCUAAAACUCCACUGCGCAAAUUUGGAAUCCAAGGGAAAAAGUCAACGCGUGCAAGGAAUCGACGUCAAGAAAUACAAAAAGAUGCUGAAAACAAUGGCUCUCAUAGUGACUUUGCUUGUUUUAUUCUACUCUCCUAUCGCGGUUUCUAUGCUUCUGUUUAAACUCGACGGCAUAACGCCAAAAACCUUAUCCUUUUUUUACACAUCUUCCACACUAGCCUUGGUCAAUUCUUCGAUCAAUCCGUUGAUCUAUAUUUGGAAGAUGCAGGAUGUUCGACAGGCCUGUUUGAAUCUUUGGCGGAGAAUCACUUGCAGGGCUGAUCGCGUUAUCGCUAUUAACAUUGAAGCCACUCGAUUUAGCGAAGCAACGGCCAGUGUCAUCACACAGUAGGUGUUCCCCACAUAUAAAAACGUGUUAGCCUUAGCAUUUUUGGACAAUUUCCUAUACAUUUAUUUAAGGUUCUUAUAUAAAUGGUGUAGAUACCAGAUUUUAGCGAAACAGGUUCUUAAUUUUCAGGUUCUUAUGAGUAGGGAACUACUGUACUGAAUAAGUUGUAAGCCAAAAAAAAAUUUUUACAAGGUG